UGUUUACAAAACAAUAAGAUUCCUUCUACGCCGUGACUUGUUUUAAGUUAAUUUCUUUGUCAGCUGUUUCAUUCAGGUUAUGUUAAUUAAUAAACAUUAUCAAAUCCGUAAUAAACUUUAUCCAAAAACAGUAAGAAAAAUUAUGUCCGAAGAUGGAUGCCAUGUUUGAUAUAUGUUACCUUACGCCUGACGGAAAUAAUGUUGAGCCUGAUGAUAUUCCAAAAACCAAGGACAAUGUGUGGAUAUUAGGGAAAAAAUAUAGCGCGAUCCAAGAUUUGGAUCGUAUAAGGCGCGAUAUAAGUUCUAUAAUUUGGUGUACGUACAGAAAAGGAUUCGUGCCUAUAGGAGACGAAGGUUUGACAUCAGACAAAGGAUGGGGUUGCAUGUUGCGCUGUGGACAGAUGGUGCUUGGUGUAGCACUGGUUAGAGUUCAUCUUUCGUCUGAUUGGGUAUGGACGCCAGAAACGAGAGAUCCAACAUAUCUGAAAAUAGUUCAAAGGUUUGAGGAGAGAAAACAAGCUCCUUAUUCCAUCCAUCAAGUUGCACUUAUGGGAGCAUGUGAAGGGAAGGAGGUGGGCCAGUGGUUUGGACCCAAUACUGUUGCACAAGUACUAAAAAAACUAGUUGUAUAUGACAAAUGGAGCUCAUUAGUUAUACAUGUUGCUCUUGACAACACAGUAGUAAAGGAAGAUAUUUUGAAACAGUGCAUUGUGAAUAAUGAUAGAGGGGACACGUCAGACUGUCCAGACAAGCUUGUAGUUCCGGAUUGGAUGCCACUCUUGUUGAUAGUGCCCCUUAGACUUGGACUAAGUGAAAUAAACCCUGUGUAUUUGGAUGGGAUAAAGACCUGUUUCAAAUUGCCGCAAUCCAUCGGCGUUAUAGGCGGCAAGCCCAACCAAGCUCUGUACCUCAUCGGAUGCGUCGGCGACGAGGUCAUCUACCUAGACCCGCACACUACACAACGAUCUGGUUUAGUUGAGAAUAAAAUGACAGAUGAACAGAAAGAAAUGGACUGCACGUAUCAUUGUAAAUACGCAUCGCGAAUACCCAUGCUCUAUAUGGAUCCCUCUGUUGCCGUGUGUUUUCUGUGCCGGACAAAGAGUGAUUUCAACGAGUUGUGUUUAACAAUAGAAACGAAAUUAAUGAAGGAGAGCCAGCCUCUAUUUGAAAUCUGUGAUAAACGCCCAGCCCACUGGGGACCAAGCACUAACGAUAUAGAUUUACAAAAUACUACGCUAUUUGCAGAAUUUGAAGAAGUUGAUAGACAGUUUGAUGAUUCCGACGACGAAUUCGAAAUCCUAUGAAACUGGCUUCAAAACAAAGGCGAUAUCGUCGCUGAACUGAAAAAGUAUGCUACAUAAUAUUUUUUAAAACGCAUCACAACACUAUAUUAUGAUCUUAAAACGUUCUGUAUGUUAUAUUUGAAAGACUUUGUGUUAAUUUAUGCAAUUUAAACGCAUUUUACGUUA